AUGGAUUUCAACCUUGCACUCGUCUGUGGUCCCAAAGAGCCCCAACUAUGGCUGAAACGAAUGGGCGCUUUGAUUGAUGACCGGGCUGUCCAGUCUGGGGAUCGCACUGCUGUUGUGUUCCCAUGGCAGUCCGUCCGCCUCUCAUACAGUCAACUGGCAGAUCGAAGCAAGAUCAUGGCCAAAGCAAUGUUGAAGAUGGGCUUGCAGCAUGGCGACUGUGUGGGUAUCAUGGCAGGGAACUGCUAUCAAUAUAUUGAAGUAUUCCUGGGUGGUGCGCGCAUCGGAUGCCCUGUUGUUGUGCUGAACAAUACAUACACUCCCGCAGAGCUGGAAAAUGCAGUCUCCAGAAGCUCCUGUAAGCUCAUAUUCCAUGCUACCAACAUUGGAUCUCGAAAUCUCCACGGUCAUAUCGAGGCUCUUCGCGGACGACAUUACCCGAAUCCGGCCCUCCCUGAUCUUCGCCGUAUUGUCUCUCUCGGACUAGAAACAUUUCAAGAUGGCGGUAUAGAAGUUCAAUUAUAUAACGCAUUCACGUCCAAUGGCCUGUCUGAGUCAGAGAACAAUUCCUCCUUGGAACAAGCGGAAAGUCGAGUCAUUCCUGAGGAUGUGGUGAACCUGCAAUUUACUUCUGGGACCACUGGCUCACCCAAGGCUGCAAUGCUUACACAUACCAAUCUGAUCAACAAUGCCCAAUUCGUCGGCAGAGCAAUGCGACUCACUCCCGAAGACGUUGUUUGUUGCCCGCCGCCCAUGUUUCAUUGCUUCGGACUUGUCAUGGGUUUCCUCGCCUCAUACUUCCACGGCAGCUCGAUCGUCUUCCCGUCCGAUUACUUUAAUGUGGAUAAGGUCGUUGAUGCCAUCCUCAAGGAGGAUGCCACUGUCCUCCUCGGCGUUCCAACCAUGUAUAUGGCCGGAUUGGAAGUCAUGGCAAAGACGGGACAAAGACCCCGUCGACUGCGUACGGGACUCGCUUCUGGCUCGCCGGUUUCGCAAGAUCUCAUGAACCAGAUACGAACGACAAUGGGAGUGGAAAAGAUGCUUAUCGCAUAUGGCAUGACUGAGACCAGUCCAGUGAGUUUCAUCACUUCAUUGGAUGAUUGUGAUCAGAAGGGGACCACAACAGUAGGUCGCGUUUUGCCCCAUGCAGCCGCCAAAGUUAUCGACGCUGUAGGUAAUAUUGUCCCUCGAGGUCAGCGAGGCGAACUGUGCACCAGUGGCUUCCUGUUGCAGAAGGGAUACUGGAGGAAUGAAGAGAAAACCAAAGAAGUGAUGAGAAAAGACGAAAAUGGUGUUUUGUGGAUGCACACCGGCGAUGAAGCCAUGAUUGACGCCGAAGGAUAUGCACACAUCACGGGCCGAAUCAAGGAUCUCAUCAUUCGAGGUGGAGAGAACAUCUUUCCCCGGGAAAUUGAGGAAAGGCUGAUGACCCAUGCUUCUAUCUUUGAAGCCAGCGUAGUCGGAAUAAAAGACGAGCGAUAUGGCGAGGUUGUUGGGUGUUUCUUGAAGCUAUCUGAAGGGUGUCAAAGACCUACAGAGCAAGAAAUCAUGCAAUUUGUUAGCGAGAAAUUAGGUCGGCAUAAAGCCCCCAAACACAUCUUUUGGCUUGGAGAUGCUGGCGUGGGUGAGGAGUUCCCCAAGACUGGCAGUGGCAAGCAUCAGAAACAUGUCAUGAGGGAUAUUGGCAAUCGGUUGGUGGGAAUGGCACCGGUCAAGGCCAGGCUGUAG